AUGGCAUUGGCAGAGAUUGACGCAAGGCCAUUUAAGCGCCAGCGUACCGACGAGGCGACUUGGAACUCGUCCCCUCUCACCCCACUUCCAUCUUCAAGCCCUGCAAAGCCUCCACUCAGCCCGCUUCCACCUCACGCACUUCUCACGUGGCUACCCGGCAUCUUCGUGCAUACGCCAAAUCAUCGGCAUCACACCCUUUCUCUUUCUCUUUCUCUUAGGUCUCUAAGAAGAUGCCUUGCGCUCAAGGCUCUCACACCGGAUGUAGAAUGCUGGGCAUGUACGGCGCUCGCGGAGGUCGGGAUGAGAGUCAUAGCAGGAGGAUUUUCACAGCAGGAGGAGCAUUUGUGGGCGAAAGGUGUCGAGUUGGAGGUCGAGAAGGCUUUAGGGAAAGGGUCAUUGCUUGCUCAGAAGCACCCAUCUCUUCGCGCAUAUCGUCACCACCUUAGUCUGCUCAGUGCACAAUUCGCCCAAUGGCAGCACAACUUCAAAUUCGCGCGUUCCGUUCUCCGACGACUCAUCUCAUCAUUCACUCCAUCUGACCCGCCACAUACCAUUUAUUCUGCGCAUCUCGCGAUUAUCGACCAGCUCACUUGUGCGCCAUCGCCGCAAGCGCAGGACUUGCAUGCAGCGCUCGACGCUGUCAGUACACUGCAAACCCUCGGAACACAGAACAAACACCCUCACCUCGUAUUGCUCGCGCAUGUCAUUAAGCUGCGUAUAUGCGUUGCGUUCCAACUGUGGGACCUCGUCCCAGAAGCCCUUGGGACGGUUGAGAGUGCACUCGGCUUAGUGUACCCAGCACCUUCUGCACCGGUGUCAAAAUCGAUUGCCCAAGCCCAAGGAGUGCAGAGGACAGACUCGGGCACGUCUUCAAAUACGAGUGCGGGAGCAGGAGGUCCUUCGGCAUCGCAGUCGCAGUCGCAGGCUCCAAAUCCCAAUAUCUACAUACAUUUCGAGGACACGUUUGAGCUGGCUAUGGUCCUGCAUGUGCUGAUUUUGGCGGUGAUGUACUAUACUCAUCUUGGGGAUGGCGGGGCAUCAUCAUCACGUUUGUCGCAUCUUCAUGCCUUGAUGGACUCGGGGGCGACAGACAAGUUUCCCGAAGGCAUCAUCGAGAUCUCGCUCCCGGACUCGCGCCCGCUCGCCCUACACAUUACGCACCCACGUACACUGUAUGUGCUAACAUUCCUUGUCAGCAGUACGUCAAAGCGUGACCCCGUUGGACGUAAACCAAAACGCAAGGUGUUUGCGACGGAAGGCCUUGGUGCGUGGAAUCGAGAGGUCCUCAGAGAACUCAAACUACCCGUGUGGGCGAGCGUCGACGAUAUCGGCGAGAUUGACCAGCGACUUGUGAGGAUCAAGGCGGACAUGUUAUCUGAGCUCGCAGCGGUGUCAAUACAGCGUAGCGAAUUCGACCUGGCUCAAGAGACGCUCAACACGCUGAUUGCGCAUACACGAACAUUCGACAUCUUCAACAGCUACGCAUCGCGCAUAACCCUGCACCACGCACACCUCGCGCACGCCCUGGGGAAUUUCUCGCGCGCGAUCCGGUGUUACGAGGUGGCAGCACACCUAGAGCCUGAGCCUACCACCUACGUCGCUGUCGCCGCUCGCACGGGGGAGGUGCUCUUGCGCAUAGGGCUUGCGGCCGCCAAGGGGAGUAGAAAGCUUGAAGAAAGUUUGAGGCAGAAAGCGGUUGCUGCUGCACGAUCGUGCAAGGGCAUGGGUGGGACGUUGGAGGCCAUAGGGGAGGUUAUAGAGGCCACACUAGCGUCGGAGAUUCUGAAGUCCAAGACUCACUUGAAGAACGCGCUAGCGCUGACCAAGAAAUCGACGGAUAACCACCUCCGCGCCCUCGUGCUCGCCCUCAUCUCGGCGCACUAUAUGCAUACAGCCCCUGAUCACGCACAAGAUUCACUUCUCUCAGCAGAGCAGCUCGCAGCAGGGCUUGGCGCCGCUCCUUCCAGGGAUGCAUCUGCGAAUGGGCAAGAUGCAGUGGGGAACGCUCCACUGCGAUAUUGGAUCGGAGAGCGGCUGUUGGAGCUCUUCAAGCGUGCGGGUAAGGAGGGACGCGUGCAGCGGCAAACCGUCGCAAACGAACAACUGGCCAAGGAGGUCGAAAAAGUCGCUCAGAUCGGCUCAGCAUUCUUCACGCCAUCGUGAUAGGUGUAUUCGGGUUGCUGGCACUGCAUCGUUGUGUUUCUUGCUACAAUUUUUUUCUUCUUGGGAUCCGCCUUAUCCACUAUUGACAUAUCAGACUCCACCAUCGGACUAUCCAUGCAGUACUUUUAGCCCAACACUUGCUCAUUCGCAUUCAUUCCAUACACCGUGACGCAUCACUAUGAAUUAUUAG